AUGGUAAUGUUAUUAAUAAAUUCUGUAACAUUGACUGAAAAUGGCAUGGUUUCCAUUGGUAGACGUCGACGUCUUCGUUAUUGGUUCACUAUCGUCAGAAACAAAAUCACAACAUUCAAUCUAUUUCCGGAUCGUCUUGGCGACGAUGAAAAUCGCAUACGUGAACAGCGUUAUACCAGUCAGUUAUAUGUUGUUCUACUUUGUGUUAGUAUUCUUGUCUUAAUCAUUAUCACAUCACUAGCUCCUCAAUACAAUACACGUACAAUUGAAUUUCCAACGAUCACUAUUUAUAAAGAACUUCAAAAUCGUUUUCCGGAUACACUGACGUGUCCAUGCUCACAAGUGAGCAUCCCAUACGAACGAUUCAUUGAACUCUAUCCAUCAUUUCAUCAAGUCUGCUCAAGUGUAUUCAUUUCAAAAUACUGGACUACUAAAGUAUUUCCUGGGAGUUACAUACGAGCUUACAAAGAUUUUCGCGUUCAAGCGGCUGGUCAAUUUCAAUUGCUUCAAAGUUUAUGUGCAUUAGCAGAACAAACUGUAGUUAGAGCACUGCAAGACUUUGCUAAAAAUGAAUUUAUAACUGCUAAUGUGAUCUCUCCAACUGUCUUUGAUGCACAAAUGCAAUCAACAAUAAGUACUUUUCAGCUUGCGACACCAAGCGCAUUUAUUAGUACAUUAGAACUUAUUCGACGUGCGACACAUGGAAAUGCCUUUAUGACAGUGUACGCCAGUAAUUGGGAGUAA